AUGACUGUCGUGCAGGAUGGGGAGUCCGCAAUUUGUGCAGAAGGCUGUAACAAUACUUGCCGCGAUUUGGCAACAGUGAUGCGACACCUGCCCAGUUGUGAGGGGAUCCUCGGCAGCGACUGGACCAAGUGGAGCGGAGCAUGGCCAUGCUCCUGGGGAAGAGUUCGCAGCAGGUGUCCAGUCCAGAUGCCCGCUACCACCAUCGAAAUCCAGGUGCUUCCGAUCAAUAUCAGCCAGGAAGAGCAUCUCCUGCAGGCAGAAGAGCACGGACGAGCUAGAGACGAGUCGCCAAAGAAUACUUCCAGGUUCUGGAUGCUGUGCGCAGCAUCAUCCGUCAUGGAUUUGGCGCUCCUGCCGCUGACCGCAAAGCUUCUGUGA